AUGGCCACUGCAAUUGCACGAGGACCUUUGAAAAUCCUGCUGCAAAAUGCCGCUGGACAAUACAUCUUGCUGGGUGUGGGAGUCUACGCUCUCUUUCCCGAAAAGGUUCACAAGAUGUUGGAAUACUCUCCGCAUCUCAUGAAGCUCGUGGAUGGUGCUUCGUCUGGAAGCAACAACCGAAGUGGCAGAGAUAAUGAUCGAAGGCAACCCAUUAUCAUUCACACUCCGUCUCCUAUGAUUAUUGGUGGAGGCGGAAGUAAAACGUGGAUGGGAACUGCCAUCUAUGCGGCGGCUGGUGCUGGAGCAUGCUGGGCUGGUUACAUCGUCCUGGUACAGGUCUUGCCUGACACUGUGGGACAAUUCCUUCCGGUCACGCGCACCAUUUUUGACAAGACCUCUGUCUCGUUGGGCAAGGGCAUCUUGAAGUGCAAGACUGUCCUAGAAGAAAAGAUCAGGCAACUGGCUGGUCAACAAGAAGAACUUGGUAAGAAGCAAGAUGCUACCAACCAAACUGUCUCUCACAUCAAGAGCGAACUGGGAGAAGCUCGCAUUGACAUGAGCUUGCUGGCAUCUAGUUUGGAUAGAUGCGAAGGAUCUCUGGAAAAGAGUGAAGGCAUGCAACAGUUUACGGCGCGCGGAGUGAGACUCCUUGUGAGAUGCGUGGCCAACAUGUUGCCCGACAAUCAAGACACUGCUUUGGAACUCAGCAAAUUCAUUGAAGAAGAACAAAAGCAACUCGCCUUGGAAGCCAAAUCCGGUGAUUCCGGAAACGUGUCCGGCGAACCAUCCACUCCUAACAACAACGCUCCUCCAACAAGAGGAGCCCAAUCGACACCGUUGAUGCGAAGUCGAUCGGAUGGUGCUUCUCGAAGAUCCAUGACCUCCACCAAGAAGACUCUUCCCAUUGCGGAUGGUGACAUGUCCGAUGAAGAAUCUGCCUUUAAUGACAUUCGAGCCUUGUUGGGACAUUAA